CCUCUCUGCUUGAUAAUACUGUUAUUUAAUAUAAAAAUGAUUUUUUAUUCUCUUCAAACGUGCCAAAGGGGAAGAGUUUUGUGUUUCUGAUUGUUACCUGUUUAGUUUUGCUGUUAAUUGCAAGAUUCAUGUGACAAGAAAGUUUUAAUCUUGGUGAAGAUCCCUCUUGUGGGUGCCUCUUAAUUGAUAAAAAAAGUUUUCUCAAUAGUUGAAGGGCCAUUUUGUUGACAAAGUUGUUGGUUGGAGAAAAGUUGGAUUUUUUUGGUCUUUGUAUAGAAGGAAGUAUUGGAGUUCUUUCUUCGUGAAAAACAAGGUUAAAAAAAGUUGAUCCCUUUGAAGAAUGGCUUAGUGGAGCUAAAUUGCUUUUCUAUGUAGUGUGUUUUUGGGGGAAUUGCACUGUCCUUAUUGGAAGUAGUGUUAAAGAUUGUUCUUGAAAAGGGAAAAAGCCAAUUUUUUGAUUCGUUACCAACUAGAUAGGCUAUUGUAGUAUCAACAAUUGAAGUUAAUAAGUUGACGAACAUGGCAAAGAGAUCACAGCGACGCCCUCUGAGAUAUGAGAAGGAUCGAACGGGCUGCAUUUCGGGUUUGAUUAGCAUCUUUGACUUCCGUCAUGGUCGAACCACUAGAAAGUUACUCUCAGAUAGUAGAAAGCGAGGAAGCGAACUCGAUGUUGGUUCUGCUUGUUCAAGCUCUAUGCAGGAAUUACCGAAUCCCAGUGAUAAUAGACUGACUAUUGAGGAUAAUGAAGGAAGUGAGGUAGCUGUACCUGAUCCUAGAACAAGUGUAAAGAAGCUCAUGGAAGAAGAAAUGGUCAAUGAGCAAAGCCUGAAAAAUCAGGGCAAUGACUCUGAAAUAGACGCAGAAGAGUUUGAUUCACAAAAAUCAUGGCGAUCAAGAAAGAACAGCAGGCGAACACGCAGAGCAAGUAAUACGCACUCUCAUGAUUUCGAUUCUGAAGCACCUUGUCGUCAAGAUUUUGGAGGGACGGCCCUUGAAGAUCUGGACAUUGUAAUGGAAGAACUCCGCCAGAUUCAUCAGAAAAAUCGCAAGUUUGUGAAGCUCCGCCAAGGUUUACAUAAUGAUCAUAACAAGCAGUCAGAUCAGACUCACCCAGUUGUUGAAGAAAAGGUAAAUGCAGCGAUUGAGGUUUUUAUCAAUCAGAGAUCAAGAAACAAUAAACAAUUGGGAGAAGAUAACAAGACCCUCCAAUCAAAAGAGUUCAUGGAUGCUCUCCAGACACUAAGUUCAAAUAAGGACUUUAUCUUGAGACUCCUACAAGAUCCUAACUCAAGGCUGGUAAAGCAAAUUGGAAGUUUGGACGAGGCUCAGUUUGAGGAAAAACGGAAACCUAACUUGAUUUCACAGUCCAAUAUGUCAGAGGAAAAUCGAGUUCAUGCAAAAACAGAUGAUGUCAUAAACCACAAACAACGUAAAUUUUUCAGGAGGAGGAGCAAGUCUCAAGAAGUGUAUCCUCCAAUGGGAGAUGAGACACCCCGACCUUCAAGUAAAAUUGUUAUUUUGAAGCCUGGACCAGCAGGCUUGCAAUCAUCCAGUGCUCAAAUCAAUGUCAACACUCCGGUGGAACGUACUAUGCAGAAUGAGAGAAACACAUCCCAGUUCUCAUUUACAGAAAUUAAAAGAAAACUCAGGCAUGCAAUGGGAAAGGAUCGUCAUGGGAUCUCUCCUGAAGGAACCAUCCGCCGAUUACCCUCUGAGCAGCUGAAGCGGAGUAACAGUGAGAGAGGGAUCUCUGGAGAAAAUUUAGGAUGGAGUUCUCCUAAUAGAGACCAUUUUUAUACUGAAAAAUUUGCUAAAUCCCCUCUGGGAAUGAAGAGAGGGGAUAAGAUAGUCAAAUCAAAAGGUGUUGAAGCAGUCACACCGACUGAGGCAUCUGAUUUUCCCAGGCCAGGAAUGUCUAACAUCUACAUUGAGGCAAAGAAGCACCUUGUGGAGAUGCUAGACAAUGAAAAUGAGACAACAGAGGUGAGUAGCCGACAGGUUCCUAAAUCCUUGGGGAGGAUACUUUCAUUUGCCGAGUACAACAGUUCACCUGGCUGCAGCCCGAGAGAAAAAAGCAAGGAUGGUAUGGUACCUUCCCAAAUGAGGGAGCCUCUUACUGGCCCUAAACAGGAUGAGAAUGAUAACAGACUUCAACCUGUACAAGAAGACCAUGCUAUGGGUCCAAGUCCAUCCAGCCAAGACUUAGAGAUAGAAUCUAGCUGUUCUGACAAGUAUCCUAAUGAGUGCACCAAGUCUGCCAGCACAGUUCUGGAUGUUACAUGUGAAAAUGGGAACACACUGAAUGAAAAUGCGGCUACAACUGGUGAUAUAAGUCCUGAAGGAGAUCUAACUGAAGAAGCAAUCAAAACCAGAUGCCAGGAAGAAUGUGAAAUCUUGAGUGCUCCAAUUGACAGAGAAAUCCAAGUUGAUCGUGAUGCUAUCAAUGCAGUGGAAGAUGGAAGCCCAUCCCAUGGAUUUGAAUUGUCAUUUGACUGCUUAAAAGAACAUCCAUCUGGGAAGGAUGAAAAAACUCUAUCUUCUCCAUCAGCCUCACCUGCAGACUCUUCAAGCCCCAGGAAAGUUGAAGAUCCUGAGAGUGUUUCAGUUGAUAGAAAGGAGCGACCUAGUCCUGUAUCAGUACUUGAGCCAUUAUUCGCAGAGGAUGAUGUCAGUCCUUCAAGCACAAUAUGCCGACCAGUUGAUCCAGAAAUUCAACCACGGAAAAUCCAUUUUGAAGAACCAGUGUCUUCCAUCAGUGAACAAGAUUGUCCAACAGUUUGCUUUGAAAAUGAAGAAUCCGCUUUUGAAUACGUAGAAGCAGUUCUUCUAGGUUCAGGAUUAAGUUGGGAUGAGUUUCUCUUGAGGUGGCUUUCUUCUGACCAGAUUCUUGACCCAUCUUUAUUUGACGAGGUAGAGUUAUUUUCAAGCCGUUCUUGUCAUGAUCAAAAGCUCCUUUUUGAUUCUGCAAAUGAAUUUCUUAAGGCAGUAUGUGACCGCUAUUUUGGCUGCAACACCGGAGUGUUGCUCGGUAAACAUAACAUUCGACCUGUUCCAAAAGGGAUGGACCUGAUAAAUGAAGUAUGGGAGGGAGUAGAAUGGUAUAUUCUCCAGUAUUCAGCUCCUCAUUCUUUGGACCAGCUUGUCAAAAAAGACAUGGAAAGAUCAGGGACAUGGAUGAAUCUCCGAUUGGAUCUUGGACAUAUCGGUGUUGAGAUGGGAGAGAUUAUUCUGGAAGAGUUGGUGGAUGACACAAUGUUGAGCAUUUCUAGUGAUAGUUUUGAGAGUGCAGAACAUGUUCUCUUCCCAGCCAAGAGUGAAAUUGAGAUUAGCGGGGACCAAUAAUGAAGUAGACCAUGCAGCUCUUGUGAAUGAAAAAUGGUCUAAAAUCUUGACAUCUCAACUAAUCAAUUCACCUCUCAUCUAGCUUCUUGCUUGGAGUGCUUCAAAUACGCUUUCUUCUCCUAGCAAAACUAUAUACUUUUAUGACAAUAGCAUAACAAACUUCCAUGCAAAAGCUAGGCCAAUAAAGUUCAAUGUGUGGCACCAGGGAUCAGAGAACUCCCUCAUUGAUUCAAUUGCUUUUUAAGAAAUCAGAAGGUGCUAGUUCCUCCUGGGGAAAACCUCAUGACAUGUAGAAUGUGUUUUUUGUGGUUUGUUAAUGUGUGUUUUACCUACAUAUUUAGAUUUUCUUCUUUUUCGUUUCGCGUGGCAGAUUGGCUGUUGAGGCUUUGGGCGUUUGACAUAGGUCAUCCUUUUUUGGUCCCUUUUUUUUUUUCUUGGAUAGAUUUUUCUCUUGUAAGUACAAAGUGAUUGUAACUGAAAAUUACAUCGAAGUAGAAAAGAAAGAAAUAAUAUCUUGACAUGGUUGUUUGCAUCA